AUGAGCGAUAAUCCUCAUGCAAAUCGCGGCAAGAACAAAGGAAGGGGGGCCCGGGACCCCCCCAGGGGCGCAGGUGGGUGUGGGGCCGGCCAGCCAGGCGCGGGGGUGGCGGGCCACGCGCGGAGCCCUGCGCCCGCGGAGGCGGGAGGCGUGCGGCCGCGCGGGGCUCGAGGCUCCUCUAGCGGCAUCCGUGUGCGCGCCCAUGCGCCGCCAAGGAGCGCUGGCCGCUGCGCGCGGGAGGCGGCCCGGGGCCGCGGGCAGCUGCCGGGGCGCAGAGAGAGGUGCCGGCGAGGCCGGGCGCGCACACGCACACGCACACGCAGCCGCGGGGCUCGGCCACUCGGCGCGCGCGCGCGCGCGGGGGGCGGGGGCCGGCCGGGCGGCGGGGCUGGGCGCCCGCCUGUAGCCGCGUCGAGGACCGCUCGCAGCUCGCCAGCUCCGGGAUCCGGCGGGAGGAGUCUGCGAGGAGGCGGCGGCGGCGGCGGCGGAGGAGGAGGAAGAAGAGGAGGAGGCGGGGAGGGAGGAGAAAGACCGGAGUCCCCUCGGCGGCGGCGGCGGCAGCGGCCAGGGGUGAGGGCGAUUCCCGCUCGGCGCCCCGGGACUGGGCACCGCCACGAGGCCGGGCCGCUGGAGCCCUGGCCUCUCCUGCGCUUCGCUGCCUGCGCGCCAGCUGCCACCCUCCUGGAGAAAGACCGCACCUCUGCUCCGUCGCGCUCCGGAAUAGAGUUCUUUCCAGACUCCAUCUGCCACGCCAAGACAGGACAAGAAUGAACAUUUAUUGAAUGAAUCCUGCCUGUAUAUGAGGUAACCAUCCUAUAUGCUCCAUGUAAGCUGCCCAUUUUACUUUCUUUCUUUUUUUUUUUUUUAAGAUUGAUUUAUUUACUUGAGAGACAGAGUUACAGACAGAGGGGAAGACAGAGAGAGAGGUCUUGCAUCUGCUGAUUCAUUCCCCAGAUGGCUGCAAUGGCAGGAGCUGGGCCAAUCCAAAGCCAGGAGCCAGGAGCUUCUUCUAGGUGUAGGGGCCCAAGGACUUGGGCCAUCUUCCACAGCUUUCCCAGGCCAUUAGCAGGGAGCUGGGUCAGAAGUGAAGCAGCCAGGACUUGAACCGGUGCCCAUAAGGGAUGCCAGUGCUGCAGGCAGAGGCUUAAUCUGUACCGCAGCACCAGCCCCCUAUCUUAGUUUCUAAACAACCAUAGUCAGAGACCUUUAACUCUAUUUUACUCUUGAAAAGACUGAAAUUGGAGAGAUUGACUGAUGUGGUUAAGAUCACAUAGUUUUGGGCAGCUGUCUGGCCUAGGAAUUAAAAUAUUGGUUAUUAAGAUACCCACAUACCACAUUAAUGUACUUGAGUUGCAUCUCUGGCCCUGGCUCCUGACUCCAGCUUCUUACUAAUGCAGACCUUGGGAGACAACAGUGAUGGCUCAAAUGAUUGAAUCCCUGCCAGCCAUGUAGAAGACCUGGAUUGAGUUCCCAGCUCUUGACUUUGGCUCCAGCCUAGCCCUGGCCAUUGUAGGCAUUUGAGGAGUGAAUGGAGCUUGCUGUCUGUCUCUCACUUGUCUGUGUCUGUCUCUCAGAAAAAAAAAAAAAAAAAAAAACUGGCUUAUAAUUGAUGGAGCUUGGAUAUGCAUCUAGGUCAUCUGACUACAGAUCCUGAGCUUGAUAAGAUGCACCUCAGGGAGCUACAAAGAGGAUAAACUGAGCUAGCCAAGGCUCCUCCUUUCGUUCUCUCUGGAAAAUGUGCAAAGAAAGAUACUUUAAAGGAGUGAUGGCAUCUCCUUCCUAUGCUUGGAAGAAGGAAAAGAGAAAGGAUUCACUUUAGUGUCCUCCUACUUUGCCACGUGCUCCUGUCUGUUUAUCUCAUCUGCUCCCCAAACAGUUCUACAAGGAGGGCAUUGUCCUUGUUACCUUUCUACAGGUCAAGGAACCAUGGCUCAGAGAGGAUAAAACUAAUUUAUUCCUACGGCCACCUGACACCAGAGCCAACACACUUUGUACCACACAAUGCCAUUUCUCAGAGGUUUUCCACUUCCACUCAAACUGCGCCCCUCCCAGAGAGUGUCAAGCUAGACUGCUACCCACUGUGAUAGCCUUCCCUCUCCUGUCUGCUGCUUCCAAUUUUUUUUUUAAAGAUUUUUUUUUUAUUUGAAAGGCAAAGUGACAGAGAUCUUCCAUCUGCUGGUUCACUCCCCAAAUAGCUGCAACAGCUGGGGCUCAGCCAGGCCCAGGUCAUCAUCUGCUGAGACAUAUCCUUACUGGACAGCUGGUUCCACUGAUGGGCACGUUAGCAGGGAGCUGGAUAGGAAGUGGAACAGCUGGGAUUCAGACCGGCGCUCUGAUAGGGGAUGCCAACAUCACAAGCUAUGGCUUAACCCACCAUACCACAGCGCCGGCCACCACUGCUUCCAAUCUUAGUGACUUAACACAUUACCUAAAUCGAAAGGGAGAAAAAGCCCUGACCAAAAUAGAUGAGCAUUUGUUCCCUAGACUUCCUGUUGGCUGAGCUUUGGGCCAAGGAUCAUUCCUGGAAGCACAGUAAGAAAUCUGCUGAGGUUACUAGAGCUUGGCUGGGGUGGGACCUGCUCGCUUCCUGCCUCCCCAGGCAUAUGACCUCACCCAUAAAUGCAAGGUAAGCACAAAAGCCGCGCUGAGACCUGAUCAUUUCUCAGCACUCACCGAAGGUCCUGGACCCACCGGCUUCAGACUGAAUUCACUUUCCAAAUGAUUGGUACAGAAAAUUAUUUAGGGGCCACUAGGAAGAAUCCUAUCUAAUUACUAAUCUUUGCAUUGCACAGAGAGUAAAUGCUCACAAAAUACUUUUCACUUACUUUAUUCCCUUAUUCCUCCCAACAACUUGCCAAUAAAGGCUGGGCAGAAGUUCACUGCCCUGUUGUGCUUGCUGUCAGUGGUUCCUUUUCCCUUCACUCCUCUCCUGUGCUGUCCCCUAGGCUGCUUGUUCCUCUGUGCCCUUGCCAUUGGCUUACUGGCUAUGAGCAGUCACCAGCUCAGAGGAAAUGGAGUGAGACCAAGCGGGAACUGCCCUGUUCAGGCUCCAGUUCCCAAGCCAUCUGGUUGUCCUGGCUUUCCACAGCACAGGUGUGACAGUGUGCAGGCUGUCACCAAUGUCCACCUGCACUUGAAUGUCCAGCUGCCAUAAAGCCUCUCUCCACCCCAGACAAGUACUAUAUAUUAAUCCUAAAGUCACACUGACCCUUAGGGAAAAUGUGCAGCUUCACCUGACUUUCUCUAGGGCAGGAGAUAAGCUGAUAAAUGGUCCUGGAAGCAAGGGCUUACCUGUGGCAGGCUCGCUUUGCCCUUUGCCUAUGAGCUCAGCUCACAGUUGAAUCCAAGCCUGCAAGCCCUCCCCUCACCCCAUACCAAUCUAUCCUCUUUCUAAAAUGUUUUUAUGUCAGAAAUACAUGUAGGGGCUGGCUUGUGGCACAGCAGGUUAAGCCACUGCUUGUGACACCUGCAUCCCAUAUCCAAGCACUGCUUUGAGUCCUAGCUGGUCUACUUCUGAUCCAGUCCCUGUGAGGCACCCAGCAAAGCAGGCAAAGAUGACUCAAGCACUUGGACUCCUGAUACCCACGUGGGAGAUCAGGAUGAAGUUCCUGGCUCCUGGCUUGAGCCUGGCCCAGCCCCAGGUGUUGUGGCCAUUUGGGGAGUGAACCAGUGAAUGGAAGAUCUCUUUCUGUCUCAGUCUCUCUCUGUGUCACUCUGUCUUUCAAAUAAAAACACAUCUUUUUAAUAAAAGUAUAUAAAUAGAAUUAUAUAAUAUGUAACAUUUUGGAAUGGACAUUUUUCCCCCACACAAUCUGUUUCCCUUAGAUUCUUCCAAGUCAUGGUAUAGAUUUUAUUAUCUAAAGUGCAUGUGUUUAGUUUUAAAAGUUUCACUGUAGUUUUAGUUUGUGUGUGUGUGUGUGUGUGUUUUAAUUUGAUAGGUAGAGUUAGUGAGAGAGAGAGACAGAGAGAAAGGUCUUUCUUCCGUUGGUUCACCCACCAAAUGGCUGCAACUGCCGGCGCUGCGCCAAUCCGAAGCCAGGAGCCAGGUGCCUCUUCCUGGUCUCCCAUGCGGGUGCAGGGGCCCAAGCACUUGGGCCAUCCUCCAUUGCCUUCCUGGGCCACAGCAGAGAGCUGGACUGGAAGAGGAGCAACCAGGACUAGAACCCAGUGCCCAUAUGGGAUGCUGGUGCCACAGGCAGAGGAUUAAGCAAGUGAGCCAUGGCGCCGGCCCCAUUAGUUGGUUUUUAAGUUUGUAUAUUUACCAAGGUCUGUAACCAGGAUUACAGAGGGCAGCUGUGCCACUCUCUAGCCAGGAGACCUUGUGAAUUGCUUAGUAUCCUCUUACCUCCUUACCUUUAGAAUAGGUACAAGAAUGAGCCUCUGUAUUCUAUUUCCUUUACUAAUAGAGGUGUGCUGCAGUAAUGAAAGACAGUGACUUCUUUAGCCACUGUGUAAUUCCAAGUCCUAGUAUUUCCAGGAUUGGGAUACACAGGCAGAUCUUGCACAUUGUUUGAAGGGAAAAACAUUAGAUUCAGUGAUCCACCUUUUCUGAGAGGAACUGACGUUCAUUCUGUGCAUAGAGGAGUUGCCGAGGGUCCACAGCCAGCACCUCGAAGGUGAUGUCUCCUCGUGGGGUACUCUGGCAGAAUCACUGGACAGUCUAUAAACUUCUCCGUCUGCCACCGGUCAGAGCCACCCAGUCAUAGAGGAGUGCAGGCUGAGGCUGGCAGCCACCUAGCAGAUAAGGCACUAAUAGCAGAAAGUGUAUCUGAUGCCUCAUUUAGUGCUUUCUAGACCCAAAGCAGAAAUUACUUUACUCCACACAGUGAAAAAUAAGAAGUGCCCAUUUGUGCAGUCAGCGUUCUCAGGAGAUUCUGGAUUUGACAGGCACUUGGGGCUUACUGUAUGUGCAUUGAAGACAGCUGUUCCGUGAGGUUGUUACAAGGAGCCACGUUCAAGGGCCAGAAAAGCCUUGACCCUAUAUAAAAAUGGGUUGCUUCACAAAGUCACCUAUUUUAAUACAAAUUCAAUCUCCUCUCCAUAGGUUCGUGGCCAUGUGUCACAGAGCAAAGAAAUUUCUGGGAUGUGUGUGUGUAUGUAAAAUAAGAGAACCCCUGUGCAAAAUGCUUAUGCUUAAGACUGGAAGUAUUUCAGACUUCAGAAGUUUUUGAUUUUGACUAUUUGCAUAUUGUAACGAGGUAUCUUGAGGAUAGGAUCCAGUUCUGAACAGGAAAUUGAUUUAUGUUUCUUGUACCCAUAGCCUGAAAGUAAUUCAUACCAUAUUUUAAUAAUGUUUUUAAGAAUUUGUUUUAUUUAUUUUAAAGGCUGGGUUACAGAGAGAGAGAGAGAAAGCGCGCGCUUCAAUCUGCUGGUUCACUCCUCAAAUGACUGCAACAGAUGUGGCUGACCCAGUCUGAAGUCUGAAGCCAGGAGCCAGGAGCAUCUCCCGGGUCUUCCACAUGGAUGCAGGCAUCCCAAGCACUGAGGCCAUCUUCUGCUGCUUUCCCAGGUGCAUUAGCAGGGAGCUGGACAAGAAGUGGAGCAGCCAGGACUCAGACCAGUGUCCAUAUGGGAUGUUGGUGCUGCAGACAGCAGCUUAACCUUCUAUGCCACAAUGCCGAUCCCUUAUUUUUAAUAAUUUUGCAAGUGAAACAAAGUGUUAUGGUGUGGAAUUUUCCAUUUGUGACAUUACAUUGGUACUCAAAAUGUUUCGGAUUUGGAGGAUUUUGGAUUUCAGAUUUUCAGAGUAUGGAUGCUCAAAUUCUGCAUGAAUACACACAAAUGUAUAUAUGUGUGUAUUUGUGCAUGUAUGCAUGUGUGUAUGUGUGUACAUGCAUGUGUGUAUGUAUUUGCUUGUGUUUUCUGGAAGCAGACAGUAGAGUUCAGGACAGAGCUGGAAACAAGAUACCCACAGUUCCCAUGAAUGGUCUGUGUGGGGGAAAACACACUCAGAUGACAGAGUGAGGUCUGCCGAUAAAGGUUACAAAGUGGCCAUCAGGUAAGAACGAAGGUCAGUCACCAGGCACAGUCAGGGCCCGUGUCUACAACAAAUAUAAGUCAUGAAAAUUUAAAAGAUACUGGUUCCUGCCUCCAGUUCCAUGUUGGAAAUGCAGAGCAGAGUAAGUAAGCUACCUUUUAGUGUGUUUAAUCUAGCAGUUUUUCAACGCUUUUCAACUUUGGAAAGAAAACUUCCUGUUAGGUCAAGUUCAGACUGGGGAGAUGAAAAGAUCACCAUCUGGGACAAGCCUCACCUUCCCCCUCCGCAGGGGCCACCUGCUUCCACCCAGCUCCCACUGGCUGCUGCUGACCAAGCCCUCAACCCUAAAACGAGGUGGGGUCACUUUGGGCCCUGGCAGUUAAGGGUAAGGGACACCUGACAUCAGAACAGAGAUUCCCCCUUUUCCGUGAUGAGAGCUGCUGUCUUGGUUUUGUGACUCUAUGAUCAGAACAAGCAGUAGUUAGAACCUUACACAUCCCUGCCCUCCUUGGCCCCUGUGUCCUCCUCGCCCCUCCACCUGCUGGGCCCCCUUUUACUCCAUCCCAGUAACUGCCAUAACUAGAAUACAGGGGCCAUAGGUAGGUUUGAAGGGUGUGGAGACCUGAAAUGCAGGUCACAUGAGGCACUGGGCAUGUGUGGGGGUGCGAAGGCUGAGCAGGGGGGCUGCUGUGAACAGCAUGAAGUACUCUGACCCCUAGACCCUGAGAGGGUGUUCAGUGACAAUGCAAGGGGGACACUGGGGGACUGGCGCUGUGGCAUAGUGAGUUAAGCCACCACCUGCAGUGCCAGCAUCCCAUUCAGGUGCUGGUUCGAGUCCCAGCUAGUCCACUUCAAUCUGGCUCCCUGCUAAUGUGCCUGUGAAGGCAGCAGAUGAUGGCCCAAGUCUUUGGGCCCCUGUACCCAUGUGGAAGACUGGGAAGAAGCUCUUGGCUCCUGGCUUCAGCCUGGCUCAGCCCCAGAUGUUGCAGCCAUUUGGGGAGUGAACCAGCAGAUGGAAGAUUUCUCUCCUCCCCUCCCUCCCUCCCUCUCCGUGUAAACUCUGCCUUUCAAAUAAAUACAUAAAUCAUUAAAAAAAAAAAAAAAACCUGCUUCCUCUUCUGGCAGGUGUGUGGUACAGCAUUUAAGGCAUUGUUUGGGAUGCCUGCAUCCCAUAUCAGAGUGCCUGGAUUCAGUUCAGUCCCAGCUCUGCUCCCAGCUUUCUGCUAAUGUGCACCCUGAGGCAGCAGGUGAUGGUUCAGGUACUUGGGCCCUGCCACCCUUGUGGAUGGAGUUCCAGGCUCCUGGCUUCAGCCUGGCCCAGUGUCAGCUGUUGUAAGCAUUUGAGGAGUAAACCAGUGGAUAGGAGAUUCUCUGUCUGUCUGUCCCUCUGCCUUUCAAAUAUAAUAAAGAACAAUGUAAAAGUUUCCUCUUGCCUCAAUGUGUUUGAAUAUGCACAUGUUACUGUGACACGCCUAUGUCCACUGCACUGCUGCUCCCCAAUAAACUUUAAUCUUUGGAGGUUUUCUGUUACUUAGGUUUUGACCACGGAAGCAGCAAUUGGAGACUAACAUAAAACUAAUCUAAAGGCUGAGCCUAGGGAAGCCUCAGGAGAGAACCUGCACAUCAGCCUGGAAAAGGCAGUGGCCCCGUGGGAGCAGCUCAGUCACCGUGCCAACGGGCCUCCCCUACGCAGUCACCAGGAUCACAGUUAGUGGACCAGAGGAUCAGAGUGGGUUAACAGCCAGCCUGCCCUUGCAGCGCAUGCCUCUAACAAUGUGGAGAAAAUGUAGUAGAACCGAGUGUGAAGGAGCCAGGGAGACCUAGCAUGAGCUCCUCUCUGCCACGUGUGGACUGCACACUCUUAUGUAACCUUUCAACCCAGUUUCCUAUCUUGCAAACUGGAGAGAAAUAUGUUUUCUUAGCCAGAAGGAUUGUGAUAAGGAUUAAGUACCACACGUGACAUCCCACAUAGAAAUCUCUGAAUGAAUAUCUGCUACAUAAAUAUUACAUGCAUACACACACACACACACAUGAUCAUAUGACUCUGUGGUGAGUUCUGGGAACAAAGAGAAGAGCAACCAGGAUGGCUCAGAAUCAAGUUAUAUAAAAAGAAUGUGCAGAGGAAUGGUGAGGUUUGAUAUAAAGCUACUUGAAAUAUUUUCAGGACUGACUAAUUUGUGAAGCCUGAUGCAAGCUGAGAAAGUAGGUUCCCUUAUUCAAGAAAGCAUUAAGAACUUCAAAAUGGCCAAACCCAGAAUUAACCCAAGCUUGGGGCCCUUCUGAGCUCUGUGCCUGUUGUACAGGUUGCACAUUCACAAAGCUGGCCCUGAAUGUUACCAUGUAAGAAGAGGGACUUGACCUCAGCAGAGAGAACUAGCACUGAGGGGAAGGAACUACAGACAUAAGGGAGAGCUUUGUAAUAAGCCAGUCAGAGAGGACCAGGCACAGGCACUCAGUGUACAGUUAAGAUGCCCAUGUCUCAUAUGAGAGUAAUGAGUUUGAUUCCCAGCUCUGGCUCCUAACUCCAGCUUCUGCCAGUGCAGAGCCUGGUAGACAGAAGAUGAUAGCUCAGGUACUUGUGUCCCUGCCACACAUGUGAGAGACCAGAAUUGUGUCCUUGGCUCCUGGCUCCAAUCUGACCCAGUGCCAGCUGUUGUGGGCGUUUGGGGGUGAACUAGUGGAUGAGAGUCUCUUGGUCUCUAUCUCUGCUUUUCAAACAGUCAAUUAAAGAGAGAUGCAACUUGGGUAUUUUUUCCCCUGCAUGUUCAAGCUGCCAGUGGGUAGCCACUUGGCAGGUGCUUUAUGCUGGAUGGUGGAGAAUGCCUCAUCACACAAAAUGCUGAGGUUAAAGAAAAAAAAUUACACCAGGGCCAGCCUGUGGAGUAACAGACAAAGCCGCUGUCAGCACUGCCGACAACUCAUUUGGGUGCUGAUUUGGGACCUGGCUGUUCCACUUCUCCUUUUUUUUUUUUUUUUUUUUAAUUAUUUAUUUGACAGAUAGUAAGAGAGAGAGACAGAAAGACAGGUCUUCCUUCCGUUGGUUCACCCUCCAAAUGGCUGCUACGGCCAGAGCUACGCCAAUCCGAAGCCAGGAACCAGGUGCUUCCUCCUGGUCUCCGAUGCAGGUGCAGGGGUCCAAGCACUUGGGCCAUUCUCCACUGCCUUCCUGGGCCACAGCAGAGAGCUGGACUGGAAGAGGAGCAGCUGGGACUAGAGCCUGGUGCCCAUAUGGGAUGCUGGUGCCGUAGGUGGAGUAUUAACCAAGUGAGCCACAGUGCCGACCCCUCCUUUUUUUUAAGAUUUAUUUUUAUUUAUUUGAAAGACAGAGUUAGAGAGAGAGAGAGAGAGAGAGAGAGAGAGAGAGGUCUUCCAUCCACAGGUUCACUCCCCAAAUGGCUGCAACAGCCAGAGCUGUGACGAUCCGAAGUCAGGAGCCAGGAGCUUCCUCCAGGUCUCCCAUGCGGAUACAGGGGCCCAAGGACUUGGGCCAUCCUCUACUGCCUUCCCAAGCCUUAGCAGAGAGCUUGAUCAGGAGUGGGGCAGCUGGGACUAGAACCGACAACCACAUGGAAUGCUGGCACUGUAGGCCAGGGCCUUAACCCGCUGUGCCACAGCACUGGCCCCAUGCUCCACUUCUGAUCCAGCUCCCUGCUAAUGUGCCUGGGAAAACAGCAGAGGCUGGCCCAAGUGCUUGGGCCCUGCCCCAUUGAGAGAGACCUGAAAGAAGCUCCUGGCUUCUGACUUCAGCCUGGCGCAGCUCUUGCCGUUGUGGCCAUUUGGGGAGUGAAUCAGUAGAUGGAAGAUACCCCCCUCUUUCUCUCUGUAACUCUGCCUUUCAAGUAAAUAAAUAAAUCUUUUUUAAAAAAGAUUUUAUAAAAUAAAAAAAUAUUUUAUUUAUUAUUUAUUUGAGAAGUAGAGUUACAGACAGUGAGAGGGAGAGACAUAGAGAAAGGUCUUCUAUCCGCUGGUUCACUCCCCAAAUGGCUGCAGUGGCCAUAGCUGGACUGAUAUGAUGCCAGGAGCCAGGAGCUUCUUCCAGGUUUUGCACAUGGGUGCAGGGACCCAAGCACUUGGGCCAUCUUUUACUGCUUUCCUAGGCCACAGCAGAGAGCUGGAUCAGAAGAGGAGCAGCCAGGACUAGAACCAGCACCUAUAGGGGAUGCUGGACCUUCAGAUGGAGAAUUAAUCUGCACCACAGCGCUGGCCCCAGUAAAUAAAUCUUAAAAAAAAAAAAAAAAAAGUCUACAUCCUGUACCACAGUACCUAGAUUCAACUUUUUUUUUUUUUUUUAAAGAUUUACUUAUUUAUUUGAAAGUCAGAACUACACAGAGAGAGGAGAGGCAGAGAGAGAGAGAGAGAGGUCUUUCAUCCGCUGGUUCACUCCCUAAUUGGCUACAAUGGCUGGAGCUGCACCAAUCCAAAGCCAGGAGCCAGGAGCUUCUUCUGGGCCUCCCACCAGAGUGCAGGGGCCCAAAGACUUGGGCCAUCCUCUACUGCUUUCCCAGGCCACAGCAGAGAGCUGGAUUCAAAGUGAAGCAGCAGGGCCGAUGCCACGGUUCAAUAGGCUAAUCCUCCGCCUGCGGCGCCGGCACACCAGGUUCUAAUCCCAGUCGGGGCGCCGGAUUCUGUCCCGGUUGCCCCUCUUCCAGGCCAGCUCUGUGCUGUGGCCCGGGAGUACAGUGGAGGAUGGCCCAAGUGCUUGGGCCCUGCACCCCAUGGGAGACCAGGAG